AUGACUGAUGAUAUGACUAGGACGAGAAAAUUGUCAUGUAGUUCGUUGCACUUAGCAGCUCGUGAUGGAGCUCUCGAGAUCCUCAAAGAAGCUACGCGAAAGGAUUGCAAUACGCGAGAUGAAGGAGGAAUGACCCCUACACUGUGGGCAGCUUUUGAAGGUCACGUGGAAGCAUUGAGACUGCUUGUCGCCAGGGGAGGUGAUCCAGACAAAACAGAUUAUUUUGGUAACACAGCGCUUCAUUUAGCAGCCGCACGUGGUCACGAAUUCUGCGUAAAGUUUCUUGUUAAAUUUGGCUGCAACAUUUGGUCUCUGGACAUUGAUCGACAUUCUGCCCGUGAAUUAGCAGCUAUAAAUGGUCGGGAAGAAAUCCUCCAAUUUCUCGACCUCGCUCAAGCGGAACAAGAAGCUAUUAAUCGUAAAAAAAGUAAACUGUUACGAGAAAAAGCGGAAAAGGAUGCGGAAAAAAGGUUGAAAGAGUACGUCAAGCGUCAAAAGAUAGCUGACAUAAAAGCAGAAAAAGAACAGAAAAAACUAUUAAAAGAUCGUGCUAAAAUGGAUAUCAUGGAUACAAUAAAUCAAGAAAGCGUGUUACCUCAUAGGCCUAGUAUAUUAACAUUCAAAGGCCGUAUGAAGCCAUCGCAAACAUUUAGCGACAUUGUUGGUACAUUGUCAACAGCCUCGAAUACAGCACGAAGACGAGGUAACGGAGCUGUUUGUCGUAAAGCUUUGGCAAAAAAAGCUGUCGCCACUGAUGACUUUAAAGUUAUUGAGAUAGAAGGCGAUGGCAAAAAAUCUGUGAGAAGUCUCACGGGAUUGAGAAGGGACUCAGAAGUGAUGUAUGUCGGUACUUAUGAGACUCAAGCGCAACAACAGAUAGGCAAGAGAGGAAAAAUAUCAGAUGUCUGGGGCACCCGCAGUAAAGCUCAGAGCACUCCAGAUUUAUUGGGCGAUCGUGAUUACGAUGAUGACGAUAUCCACGAUACUAAUGGAUUCGGGAAAAAUAAUCUUGUUGAAGAGGCUGUGCUUUUUCAAGAACCUGCUAGUAUCUUCAACAGACCAGGAUUUGGUUCUGUUGCUUUUAGGCGAUCGAUAACUGCAACGCUAGAGAAUUUACCAGUAAGGCUAAUUGAUGAUGACCAUAAGUAUAAUGAUGCGUUGGAGAAUGCGAUGAAUAAUCGGAAAAAUAGUAAUAACAUCAACAACAAUAAUAACAAUAUCAACGGACGUAAUAAUGAGGAAAUAAGCAUUGGGAGUGCUGGUAGUCUCGCUAGACGACAGAAUAUGUGGGACGAUGAUCGAUUAUCUGGUGAAGAUGAUACUGAUGAAACAGAAGAAGAAUGGAGUCCACUUCAACGUUUUCUAGUGGCUAAUAAUUUAACAUCGAUACAACCAGUACUCGAAGCCGAGCAAAUAGAUUUAGAGGCAUUAAUGUUAUUAACAGAUAACGAUAUUGCUGCAUUGAAACUUCCGCUUGGUCCACGAAGAAAGCUUACAAAUGCAAUAGCCACUCGGAAAGCUGCUUUCGUAACGUCUCAACGUAUUAUUAGAGAUAGUAAACUAUAA